ACGUAGUAACGUCCAGCAAAAAUAAAAAAUACGGGUUUUAAUUUGGAAUCCUGACCGUAGUACAAAGUUGUCGUGACAAUUAAAUUAAGAAUGCGUGUUUAAUAAACAUUACGAUUAGGUUAUCAUUCAUUCAUUCAUACAAACUUCAAAAGCUGCCUCAAAGUCCUCGCCCAAGCAGACUUUCACCUAAACGAAUUGAAAUAAUUGUGCAAUAAUAAAGUUUAAAUAAAAGAUGUCUGGGCAGGAAAAGGUCAUACGUGUUGGCUCACGCAAAAGCGAGUUGGCGCUCAUACAGACCAAACAUGUCAUUGGAAGACUGCAGAAACUUUAUCCCAAGCAAAAGUUUGAAAUCCAUACCAUGUCCACCUUUGGAGAUCGUGUGCUGAACGUCUCAUUGCCUAAAAUUGGCGAGAAGAGUCUGUUCACUAGAGAUCUGGAGGAUGCACUACGCAAUGGCGGUGUUGAUUUCGUUGUGCACUCACUAAAGGAUUUGCCAACGGCGCUGCCAACUGGCAUGGCGGUCGGUGCCGUGCUGGAGCGCGAGGAUGCCAGAGAUGCAUUAGUGCUACGUGAGAAUUUCAAGGGCCAUACCAUUGCCACGCUGCCCGAGGGCAGUGUCAUCGGCACCUCGUCCUUGAGGCGUACGGCUCAGAUACGUCGCCAGUACCCGCACCUGAUAGUCUCCGACAUAAGAGGCAAUUUGAAUACGCGCCUGGCCAAGUUGGAUGCCAAAGAUUCCAAGUUUGCUGGCAUUAUCUUGGCGCAGGCGGGUCUGGUGCGUAUGGGCUGGAUGAGUCGCAUUAGCCAGGUGCUGGAGCCGACAGAUCUGCUCUAUGCUGUGGGUCAGGGUGCUUUAGCUGUAGAGUGUCGCGCCAAUGAUGUUCAGAUACUAACCAUGUUGCAGAAGCUCAUGUGCCUGAACACCACCUGCCGUAUUUUGGCCGAGCGCAGUUUCCUCAAGACAUUGGGCGGCGGCUGCUCGGCACCGGUGGCCGUCUGGAGCAAACUGAACGGUGAAGCACACCAACAAUCAGAUUCGGGCUUGUCGUUGAUUGGCGCUGUCUGGAGUCUGGAUGGUGCGAUUGAGAUACGCGAUGAACUGGAUUGUGCUUUAAAUGAAACUGUGGCCGCGGAUCUUCAACAGCGCAAGCGUGCAGCUGGCGGAGGGCAGUUGGAGAAUGCCAAUGGAAAUGGAAAUGGCAACGGAAACAAUAGCAACAGCUGCGACUCGCCGCCAGCGAUAAAGCGCGCCAGAAAUGGCAACGACUCGCCAGGUAAUGGCUCUGAUUCGAGCACAGGCAGUCCACGCCAGCAAGGUAGUCCGCCUAUCAUUUGUGAGGAUGCAUCUGUCACCGGCUACAGUAUGGAGGAGCUGUUGGAGCGCCACAUUGAUCUUGCUCGCAAGUGUCCCGUCAUAGGACAGGACCACAACAAUACCCAAGGCGCUGGCGGUGAUGCCGCCAACUGCAAUGGCGAAGCAGGCGGUGGCGAUGCGGACAGCAACAAUGCCAAUGCUGGUGCGCAUUGUCCGCUCCAAAUGAACGUGGGCCAGGAUGUUAUGGGCGAGUGUCCAUUUGUCAGCAAAGAGACCAAAAUUUCAUACGCCACCGCCGGCAAGUGUCCAAUUACGAAUCCCACAGUCGACGAGCCGGACAAUGCUACAGUCUCUUUCGCAGCUGCAAGCUCUUCCAAGUGCCCCUUUGCUGCUAUGCACCAGGGCAGUGGCUUGGAGGCAGCGCCGCCAGCGGACAAGAGCAAUCAAGUCAAGUGUCCCUUUCUGCAAAAGACAGUGCAGAUGUUUGACUAUGCCGAUGAAGAGCAGCCACAGCCGCAGCAGCUCAAGCUGCCGCUGCUUAACGAGGAUGUUAGCAAUCUAUUUUGUGGACUCUACCAGCAUGCCUGCUACAGUCGCGAGCUUUACGUCAAGGCCAAUCAGCUGGGCCAGACGCUGGCCGAGCAGCUAAUCAAACGUGGCGCAUUGGAUGUCAUGAAGGUGGCUCAGGCAGAGAUACAUAGCAAGGUGGUGUCUUGAGCGGCAUCAGCCCAUAUCAACCCCCAGUAGAGUUGGGAAAUCAUCGGCAUAGUUGAAAAUAUUUUGUAGAAAAUGUAAGUUUUUCUCUUUGAAUAUUUUGUAGUGUAAACCUGAUCGAUCCCAACUCCCAACUCUAUAACCGUUACCGUUAUCACAUCAUUGUUAUCAAUC